GCCCCAUUCUUCAACAGAAGAUAAUCCCCAAGGACUACCAGUUGCUCCAAAACUGUCCAAAUUAAAGAGAAAUAAGAGAAAAAAAAUCUCCUUUAUCACGUCACUCAAAACAAACCAGGCCAAUGGAUCCGCCCAAGCAAGCGGUUCCAGUCAUAUCAGAUGGCAACACAACCGACGACACGGAAAGACAGGGGCCAUCUGAAAAUGAAAAGGCAGUCGACACUUCGCCGCCCUUGAAUCAAUCCAUCUCGUCCUGGAAAUGGUAUUCCAUUUGCGUAGGGUUGUACCUCACCGCUGUUCUAUAUGGCCUAGACACCUCCAUAGCAGCAGACGUCCAAGGCCCCGUCUUGGAAUCUCUAGGAGAAAUCGAGAAGCUGUCCUGGGUCGGCAUCGGCUUUCCUAUGGGCUCUGUCGCCACGAUCCUGUUGCUCGGCUCUCUCUAUGGUUCCUUUGAAAUCAAAUGGCUCUAUCUCGCAAGCAUAAUCCUGUUUGAAGUCGGAAGCGCUGUAUGCGGAGCUGCACCGUCGAUGAACGCCAUGAUUGUGGGUAGAGUCGUGGCGGGAGUUGGAGGAGCCGGAAUGUAUCUUGGCUGCCUCCACUACAUAGCCGUCUUCACCAGCCUCAAAGAACGAGCCCUCUACAACGCCCUCGUCGGCCUCUGCUGGGGAACAGGCUGCAUCCUCGGCCCCGUCGUCGGCGGCGCAUUCGCCAGCAGCGGCGCCACCUGGCGAUGGUCCUUCUACAUCAACCUCGUCCUGGCCGCCGUCACAGCGCCAGUCUACAUCCUCUGGUUCCCUCGCCACAAUCCCCAGCCUACAACCCCCGCAAGGGAGAAGCUAGCAGCCGUUGAUUGGGUUGGAGCCGUGCUGAACGCAGCUACUUUUACGCUCUUUAUGGUUGUUCUGGCGUAUGCUGGCACCGCUUGGGAUUGGAGUUCUGGGGGCUCAAUUGGUCUUUGGGUUGCUUUUGGCUUUUCUCUUGUCAGUUACGCUGUUCAGCAGGCGUUUUGCAUCUUCACGACUGAGCAGAACCGGCUGUUCCCCGUUCAGUUCCUCAAACGACGGACGAUGCUUCUCCUCUACUUCACGACUGCGAGUGCCUCUGCAAGUCUCUUCGUAACAGUCUACUACGUACCCCUAUUCUUCCAAUUCACCGAAAACGACUCGGCAAUCAAGGCCGCCGUGCGCUUGCUCCCCUUUAUAACGCUCAACGUCAGCUUCACCAUGGUCUCAGGCGCCCUGCUGCCCGUGUUUGGCUAUUACAUGCCGUGGUACCUACCCUCAGGAGCCCUCAUGCUAAUCGGAGGCGCGCUCAUGUUCGUCGUGAAACCCACCACCAGCGUCGGUGCGAUAUACGGAUAUGAGAUUCUCAUUGCAGUUGGUUCCGGUCUCGCGGCGCAGCUUGCCUAUGCAAUUGCCCCCGCCAAGGCAAAAGCGAACGAAACUUCCGCCGCCAUUGGAUUCAUCAAUGUAGCUCAGCUGGGCUCGAUCGCCAUUGCACUGGCAAUCUCCGGUUCCAUCUAUCAAAACCUCGGGCUGAGAUAUCUUCGGGACGCCUUGCGCGAGUUUGACUACAGCCAGGCGGACCUAAAGUCGGCACUUGCUGGCGCCAAGUCUGUUAUAUUGACGCAUAGCGAUGCACAUGUCAGGGAGCUGGCUAUUGGCGCGAUUGUAAAAACUAUCAGUUCGCUCUAUGGCCUCGUCAUUGCUGCAGCGGCUUUGACUCUGGUCAGUGCCGUGUUGAUGAGACGCGAGAGGCUGCAGUUGGAGGUUGCAGCAGGCUAGUUUGGCCUGGCUGCUAUUACAUGUAUUGGUUUUUACAAGAAAAUUGGUUUAGAUAACGGAUUCACGUAUAGACGGCAUAAAUUGAGACGUUUAGAUUAUAGUUGUCAUGUUGUGCUUUGAUAAGACAUAGCUGGAGCUAUCUGCUCACUUCCCUCCAGAAUAUAAAAAAGUUCUUCCUACAGGGCACCUAUAUGGAAAAGAAAAUGAAAAUGAUAAAAGAAAAGAUAAAUAACAGAAAUCAGAUCACCAUGCAAAUAUGCUCACGACGAAAAAAGAGCGGCGUAUCCCCCAAUG